GCUGUAAACAGAGAGGGCGGCGGGCGAUGGCGGCGGCGCCGGGCUGCGCUGGGAGGCCCUGAGGGCCGGUGGCUGCCGGGGCGCGGGCGGGCGGCUGCGGUGCGCUCCCCCCGAGGGGCUGCGGCGGCGGUGGGGGCCGGCGGCACACAUGGAUGACAGCAAGGUGGUUGGAGGCAAGGUAAAGAAACCAGGCAAGCGAGGUCGUAAACCAGCCAAGAUAGACUUGAAGGCCAAACUUGAAAGAAGUCGUCAGAGUGCAAGAGAGUGCAGAGCCAGGAAGAAGCUGAGAUACCAGUACCUGGAAGAGCUGGUUUCAAGCAGAGAGCGAGCUAUUUGUGCUCUCAGGGAAGAGCUUGAAAUGUACAAGCAGUGGUGCAUGGCCAUGGACCAAGGGAAAAUCCCCUCUGAAAUAAAAGCCCUGCUAACUGGAGAGGAGCAAGGCAAAGCACAGCAGAACACAACCAAACUUGCCAAGGCUGGCAAGACAGAAGCAAACAGCAGCAAUCCCUGGUGAAGAUUAAUCUCCUGGCAUCUCAUGAAGAGAUGGAGAUUUGGCAUCAUAGUUGCAUUCGCUACUUUCAAAAAAAUUAUACAGAGCACUGGAACAGGCUGCCUGGGGAGAUUGUGGAGUCUUCUUCCCUAGAGAUAUUAAACCUCUGCCCCCCUACCCUGGACACAAUCCUGUGCCACCUGCUCUAGGGGACCCUGCUUUACCAGGAGGCUUGGACUAGAUGAUCUCCAGAGUUCCCUUCCAGCCCCUACCAUUCUGUGAUCUCUAUAGUUAGAUAUAAAAUUACUGUUAAUAUAAGGACCAAAUGUUUGAGGCUUGUCUAAAAAUGUGGAGAAUUCAGAGGAAAAGCUGAAAUAAGAACUCUAGUCCUCACUAUGCUUAAGAGAUACAGCAAGAGGAUGAACUGAUGUAGAAAUACCUGUUGUAGGUAAGCAAGAAAAAAACAUAAUCUUGUGGGUUUCCUGCUGUUAGUUUCACUGAGUGUUAAUUUCCCUAAGUUAUGGCACUAAAUGAAUUCCUUGUAUGACUCUGUUGUGGGUUUGUGUGAGAAAACAGAAACUUCUAAUCCACAGUAAAAUCUGAGGUAUCCCAUACUGAAUAGUGCAUGAGUGGACUACUCAUCAACUGUAUUUAUGGAAUGUAUAGACUUGUAUAUGUAGAUAAGGAAGCAGAAUUUGUAGUGUCAGUUAUAGCCAUUGCCUUAAGCUGUUUCUGCAAAAGUUGUUGCUUGAUAUUAUUUAUACAAUUAUUUGUAUUUUCUUUAUCUUACUUUAACUAGAAAAUGCUGCUAUGUUUCAGCUAGUCAUUUUCAGCAGCACUUUAUUAAAAAAAAAUAACCUACAAAAACCAGACUGACUUUCAGUUUCUUCUUUUUCCUCCAUAAAAUAAUUUGAGAGGUGGAAGUUUUGUUUCCAUAGCUAGUGCAAGAUCAGCCCUGCUUUUUGGUGUGUCUGCCUGUAACUCACAACUGGCUUAAAUAAACACUAGCAACAUGAACUGCUGCUUCAAGCAA